AUGUCUACCUCUCAAGUCCCCACCGACCUCCCCGAAAUGGAAUACCGCUUCGUCGGCAAGAGCGGGCUUCAAAUCUCGGCCAUUUCGCUGGGCGGCUGGCUGACGUAUGGCGGGCACGUAGGCGACGAGAACACGUUUGCGUGCUUGAAAGCAGCAUUUGAUGCGGGGAUCAAUUUCUUCGAUUGCGCAGAGGGGUAUGCGGGGGGCGAGUCAGAGAAAGUCAUGGGCCGCGCGAUUAAGCAUUUUGGAUGGAGGAGGAAUGAUGUUGUUGUUUCGACCAAGAUAUACUGGGGAACCCACAACUCGGCCCUCGCCUCCCCGCGCAACAAAAUCAACAACCUAGGCGUGAGCAGAAAGCACCUGAUUGAAGGCACCGAAGCCUCCCUCGCGCGCCUGCAGCUCUCCUACGUAGACAUCCUGUACGCCCACCGCCCAGACCGCUACACCCCCAUCGAAGAAACAGUCCGCGCAUUCAACUUCCUCAUCAACACGGGCAAAGCGCUCUACUGGGGCACCUCGGAGUGGGCCGCCUCGGAAAUCGAAGAAGCAUGGGCUGUCGCCGACCGCCUGGGCCUGAUCGGCCCCAUCGUCGAGCAGCCGGGCUACUCGCUCCUGCGCCGCGACAAAGUAGACGAGGAGUUUAAAAAUGCAAACUUGUUCGCCCGCCGUGGCUUGGGGCUCACCAUCUUCUCCCCGCUGGCCGGCGGGUUGCUGACGGGCAAGUACGUCGAUGGCGUGCCGGAGGACUCGCGGCUCAAGACGUCUGAUGAUCCGUAUAUUCAGGGCGUGGUCAAGACGAUUGGCACCGACGCGUGGAAUCAGCAGCAGGACAAGAUCCGCAAGCUGGUUGACGUGGCGAAGAAGUUGGAUACGGAUGUCGCUACGCUGUCCAUGGCGUGGGUGCUUUCUAACAAGGCGGUUUCGAGCGCUAUUACGGGCGCGUCGAGGCCUGAGCAGAUUUAUCAGACUGUCAAGGCGGUUGAUGUGUACCGCAAGCUUACGCCUAAGACGCUGGAGGAGAUUGAGAAGAUUGUUGGCAAUAAGCCUGCUGAGUUGAUCAAGAGAUUUGGAUAG